AUGACUGAUUAAUAAAAAUAUAAUUCCUAAACUCCUCAGGAUAAUUUUACAAGAAAGAGAACAUUUGAAAGUAUUGCUUAAAAAGAAGACACUGAAAUAUAAGAUGUUGUGACCAAUAAAGUGGAUCCAAAUAAUUGUUAAAUUGAGGAACAAAAAUUUGAUCAAAUGGUUGGCAAUGAAGUUAUAAAUAAGAAUGAAAAAGAAGAAGAAGAAUUAAUUCAAAGAGCAAAAGAUAUUUUAUAUCUCUUUAAAAAUCGUAAACUCCAUCAUCUACGUCAUUUAAAAAUAGAUUAAUGCAAUCCUACCAUCAAUAAAGGAGAUAUUUAAUCAUUAAAAACUAAAAAUGACUCCAUUGAGUUAAAAGUAGAUCAAUUCAUCAGAAAAAUUGAAUCUUCAUUAUAUUUAAAUUCAAGAAUAGAGAACAAACUUGCAGAUCAUAUGAUUUAAUUAUAAUACUCUCUGAUUGAAGAAAACUAUGAAGAAAUAAUUGAUUUUAUUAAAUUUGCAAUGGAAUAGGCUAAAUAAUUGGAAAAUUAUUAUUACUAUGAAAAUGAACUGUAUGAUAAGAACUCUCCUGAAUUCUAUUUGCUUGCAACUUCUAUGUCAAGUCUUGAUUGUAGCAUUAAUUACAAAAAAUCCUUCAUAAAUGUCAUUGUCAUAAUGUUAAACAAACAUCAAGAAGAUGCAGAACACCUCAUAUAAUUUUUGGAGUUUUACUUAUUAGCAAUAAGAUUAGUUGAAUGCGAACCAAUUGAUUACUAAGAAUUAUUUGAUCACAUUUAAAAAAUGUUAAGUUCAUCAAACAAUGAUUCAAAUGAAGAAAUUAAAAAAAAUUUGACCAGGUUAUAAUUUGCAAUUAACCAUAUGAAAUAAAAUUUAAACUGUGAUUAUGAACAUUUUUGA